AAUAACUCUGAGUUCGGUGGAGCUGUAAGCUAGAAAUGUCAGUAGUGGAACAGCUGAAUAGAGGAGCUGCUGCUUUUAGCUCAGUAAUAUUUUAAUAGAUUUAGUUUAAUGUUGUUUUUCUCUAAAUGGGAGCUAAAAGAAAAGCUCACAGUGUUUGUACAGAGCUUCGUGCCUUUUUGAGCAAAAGCUGCUUAUUGAGAUGCUGUAAUUCAGUUAGUGAAUAUCUUGCUGGCCAAAACCUGCAAGUACAACAAACUAUCACCAUGCAGUGACCUCAUGACGUCACUCAGGAGAAACGAAACUAAUGCAGAGCUGCUUCAAAAACCGAAUUCAGUUCUUCCAGCAGGACACAGUUUCCAGUUUGAAGGUUCUCCAGUCAGGAAACUCAGUUAAACUCUACAGAUCAACUCUGAAGAAGCAGAAAAGCAGACCAAAGGAGAGAAAGUGAAAGUGUCAUGGCUUCCUCCAGCAGUCUCCUGUCUGAAGAUCAGCUCCAGUGCUCUAUCUGUCUGGAUGUGUUCACUGAUCCAGUCUCGACUCCAUGUGGACACAACUUCUGCAUGGUCUGUCUCAAAGAGUGCUGGGACAGCAGUUCACGAUGCAAGUGUCCAGUUUGUAUGGAGGAAUUCUCCAAAAGGCCUGAGCUGCGUGUGAACACGUUCAUCUCUGGACUGGCUGCUCAGUUCAAGAAGUCAGUUCAGGUCAAAUCCAGCAGAGCUCCAGAGAAACGUCCCUCCAAACCUACAAAAGUUCUGUGUAACUACUGCACAGAUGAACAGCUGGAGGCUGUAAAGUCCUGUCUGGACUGUGGAGUAUCUUACUGUGAGACUCAUCUGAUGCCUCAUAAAACCAUAGCUAAACUCAAGAAGCACAAACUGAUGGACCCCGUGGAGAACCUGGAGGACUACAUCUGCCAGAAACAUGAGAGACCCCUGGAGCUGUUCUGUAGAAAUGAUCAGACGUGUGUGUGUCGGUUCUGCACUGAAGGAGACCACAAGACUCACAGCACUGUUCCUAUAGAGGAGGAGAGUAGAAGGAAAAGGACCCAGCUGCAGAGGACACAGGCUGCAGUUCAUCAGAUGAUCCAGAACCGACGGAGAAAGAUUGAGGAAAUAAAACGUUCAGUAGAACUCCAUAAAAAAAGCACAGAGAAGGAGAAAGCAGACAGUGUGGAGGUCUUCAGAGCUCUGCUGCGCUGCAUUGAGAGAAGCCAGGCGGAGCUGCUUGAGGUGAUGGAGGAGAAGCAGAAAGCAGCAGAGAGGCAGGCUGAAGAGUUCAUUAAAGAGCUGGAGCAGGAAAUCACUGAGCUAAAGAGGAGAGACACUGAGCUGGAGCAGCUCUCCCACACUGAGGACCACCUCCACCUCCUACAGGUUUACCCGUCCCUCUGCAGCCCCCCACACACCAAGAACUGGACUGACGUCAGGAUUAACACUCAUCUGAGGGUGGAGACUCUGAGGAGAGCUCUGUCUCAGCUUCAGGAAGAGCUCAGUAAGGAGAUGGAGAAGAUUCCUGAGAUCAAAAUAAAGAGAAUUCAGCAACAUGCAGUGGAUGUGACUCUGGAUCCUGAUACAGCUCAUCCUAAACUCCUCCUGUCUGAUGAUGGGAAACAGGUCACAUGUGGAGACAAACGACAGAAUCUCCCUGAAAACCCAGAGAGGUUUGAUUAUUGUGUCUGUGUGCUGGGAAAGGAGGGGUUCUCCUCAGGGAGAUUUUACUAUGAGGUUCAAGUUAGCAAGAAGACUGACUGGGAUUUAGGAGUGACCACAGAGUCCACUAACAGGAAGGGACAGAUUACAGCCAGCCCUAAGAAUGGAUACUGGACUAUAUGGCUGAGAAAUAAGGCUGAAUAUAAAGCUCUGGACUCUCCUCAUGUUCCCCUCUCCUUGAAACAGGCUCUUCAGAAGGUGGGGGUGUUUGUGGAUUAUGAGGAGGGUCUGGUCUCCUUCUAUGAUGUUGAGGCCAGCUCUCAUAUCUACUCUUUCACUGGUCAGUCUUUCACUGAGAAACUCUAUCCUUUCUUCAGUCCUGGUAUUAAUAAUGGAGGUAAAAUCUCAGCACCACUGAUCAUCACACCUGUUGAAUGUUGAAAGUGUCUCAAAAGUGAGGGAGCGCGCAUUUAAGAUGAAAACGGAUUGGCAGAUGGUGAUCCAAUUUCAGACAUAAGUUGUGGGGAAGGGGGAACCUGUUAGGCCAUGUCACCAACAUGGUGGCCAUCUUGAACGCCACCAUCCUGAAUUCAACUUCAGUUUUACAAAUGGGUAAGUAGGUAUGUGACCCAUCAAACGGGUAGAGAGCUUCACCAGAAAAACUGUGGUGUGCUUCAUGUCAACGUAACUUCAUUUGUUCUCAUGCUAAAGCAGUGAUUUUAUGUGAAACCAGAAAAUUGACCAUAAGGUCUAUAGAAUGUGUUCAUGCUGUCCACCAUGUUCGAGUGUUAAGGCUGUCCUUUUCUCCCAUUCAUGAUCAACUUUCACCAAAAUAUCCAGCUGAAUGCCAGCACAAGCAUCAACAGUUCUGUCUUUAAGAUGAACCACAUUCCUCACAGAGUAAACAAGAGCCUUGACAUGACCCCACAGAUAGAAAUCCAAAGGGGUUAAAUAAGGAGAUGGUGGUGGCCACUCGAUUGGACCCAUACGACCACUCCACUUUUAGGGAAACUGCACAUCAUGAUAUUCUCUUCCAUCCUCUGACAACAAUGAAGGAAACACGUCUUCAUUUAACAACCUUGUGUAACAGCUUGUACUUAAUGUUCUGUCAAAGAAGUAAGGAUCCCACAGUUCAGGUACCCCAUACACCCCACCAUGCCCUGACUUUAGGUGAGGCAACCGUAUUAGAUGGAUCAGUCCAGGGAGGGUUUAGUAUCAGUGAUGCUGUUUGUUGUCCUCGUCAUUCACAAAAAAAUCUGCUUCAUCACUGAACAGGACCUGGUAGGGAAAAUGAGCGUUUAUGUUAAUUUGCUGUGUGAUUCAUUCUACAAAUGCUAUCCGAUGAUCUAUAUUCUCCCCGGUCAGGUGUUGCAGCAUCUGAAUUAAACAUUUUGUGAGUCAAGUCAAGAUGGCCACCAUGUUGGUCACAUGGUCUAAUAGGUUCCCCCACCUUCCCCCACAGCUUGUAUCAAAAAUUGGAUCACUGUCUGCCAAUCCGUUUUCAUUUAAUAUGGGUGUUUCCUUACUUACUGAGACACCCUGUACUUCCAUAAGUCCACUUUAUACUGUCAGAUUAUGUUUAUCAUUUUAUGGCAGAGCAUAACUAAAUGUAUGUCCAAAAAAAUACACUACACAGUGAAUGAAUAAAUGAAUGAAUGAACAGUGUAACAACAAUAAAUAAAUGAAUCACUAAUGACAUUUAUUGUACAGUGUUACAAAACUGUUUAUCAUUUGUCUCAAUUUAACUAAAUGAAUAAAUUUGACUGAUGAACCAUA